AUGAGCUCGGAGUCGCCCCGCGCCUCGCUGCUCCGCGCCCUCUUUAAGAUGGAGCCGGCGGCAGCCGCCUCCGAAGUGCUGGGGGGAGCCUCGGAAUUCGUGAAAGAUCGGUUGUACUUCGCUACUUUACGAGCUAAACCGAAAAGUACCGUAAAUACCCACUACUUCUGUACUGAUGAGGAACUGGUCUAUGAAAAUUUCUAUGGAGAUUUUGGACCUUUAAAUUUGGCAAUGUUAUACAGAUACUGCUGUAAACUAAAUAAGAAAUUAAAGUAUUUCAGUCUCUCAAGAAAGAAGAUUGUGUACUACACCAGUUUUGACCAGCGGAAGCGAGCGAAUGCAGCGUUUUUGAUAGGUGCAUAUGCUAUUAUAUACUUGAAGAAAACACCAGAAGAAGCUUACAGGACACUUUUAUCUGGAUCUAAUCCACCAUAUCUUCCAUUUAGGGAUGCUUCGUUUGGGAACUGCACGUACAAUCUUACCAUCUUGGACUGUUUACAGGGAGUAAAUAAGGCCUUGGAGCAUGGAUUUUUUGACUUUAAGACAUUUGAUGUGGAUGAAUAUGAACACUAUGAGCGAGUGGAAAAUGGUGACUUCAACUGGAUUAUUCCAGGAAAAUUUUUGGCUUUUAGUGGACCACACCCAAAAAGCAAACUUGAAAAUGGUUAUCCUCUUCAUGCACCUGAAGCCUACUUUCCCUAUUUCAAAAGGCAUAAUGUCACAUCAAUAAUAAGACUAAACAAAAAAAUUUAUGAGGCAAAACGCUUUACAGAUGCUGGUUUUGAGCAUUAUGAUCUGUUCUUCAUCGAUGGCAGCACACCAAGUGACAGUAUAGUGCAGAGGUUCCUGAACAUCUGUGAAAAUGCUGAUGGUGCCAUUGCUGUACAUUGUAAAGCUGGCCUGGGGAGGACAGGAACACUGAUUGCUUGUUACAUAAUGAAGCACUACAAGUUCACACACGCUGAAGCCAUUGCUUGGAUAAGAAUAUGUCGCCCAGGCUCCAUCAUAGGACCCCAGCAGCACUUCUUGGAAGAGAAGCAAGCAAUGUUAUGGCUGGAGGGAGAUCUCAUCCGAUCAAAGCACAAACAGCGAGGACUGGAUGGAAACUUUAACAGAGUUCUUUGUGGCUUGAAUGACAUUUCCAUCAGUGACAGUUUGAAUAAAACACAACACUUGGAUCAAUACAAGGAGAAUGAUUCUGAAGACAAAGAUGUGGAAGCUCAAAAUGAGAUGACACAGGGAGAUAAGCUGAAUGCCUUAAAAACUCGGAGACAGCCUUGCUCUGCAACAGCUGGAGCUCUAAGGCUGCAAGACAUGAAACUGCACACCCGGUCAAUAUCACACCCCUUCAGACUGAGUACUUCAGGUAGCACAGAAGGAUCCAUUUCUCCUCUGAAGGCCUCCAGAGUGAUGGCAGUUACUUCACCAGCUGCAGAAAGAAUAAGCAGGCUUUCCACGUCCUCAGGCUCUUACCUUAAAAGCGUUUCCAUAAACUCCAGACUAGCCAGUUCUCUAGGGAACCUGUAUGCUGCUUCAGAUGAUGAUGAGAGCAAACUGACAUCAUCGUCCUCUAGGACAGGUUUUUCUGUAAGCCAUAUCUGCAGUCACCUGAAUGGCAGCUUGCAGCUGCCACACAGAAAAAACCAUGAACUGAACAACAACUUAUACAACAGAAACAGCAGUAGUGGCAACAACCUGAGCAGCCAAAGCAAUUUUCAGAGCGCCGUGACAGAUGAGUACGCACCAGCCUUCCUUUAUGGGCCUUACAACUCCUCCAGCACGAUUCCAGAGUCCAUUCCUGUAAGUCACAGUCACAACAGCACUUUCAGGCAGCUCACUGGUGCUUUUCUUCCUUGCUUCUAUGAGCAAAACUGUUGGAAAAAAAAAUCUUAACACAGCAUAAUUCUCCGACUUGCUCUAAUGUUUCUGAACAGCACCUUUGUCUGUUACCUGUCACUUCAGCUGCUUUUGUUUCCAUCUCUUCUAAGCAUCUGUUACAUGGAAGCUUCAUGAAAAUAAAUUGCAUCUGAACUUUACAUCUUUUCUGAUAACUUUUUUAAUGGACCUUCUUACCCUUUAGAUUUUAUUUCAAAUUACCCAUAAUACAGUCUAUAAGUUAAUUCUGUGUCUUCAUCUUCAUGCAGUAAAUUUUAAGAAGCCUUUGUAUGUGUCAUAGUAAAUAGAUAGUAGAACAUCCUUAAAGAUGGAUCUUAUUUGAACCUACUCCUUUUCUAACACCAGAUGUGGAAAGUAUUAGAAGCAAGACAUUUCUGAUGGUGUCACAUUGCAGCUUUCAUUCCUCAACAACGUUGCUGCUUUGGACUUAUUUUGUGUUCUUUUUCUGUGUAAAACAGUCUGUACAAAGAGGAUGUUCAUAUAAACUAAUGCAACUUGAAAGUGUUUCUAUACAAAAUGCAGAGAAGAGAGACUAGAGCAACUUCAGUUAUGAUCAGAAAUAGCUUCAUCUAUUCUAUGGAAAACGAAUUGUAUCUACUACUAUAAAUCUAAAACCAAUUUAAAAUACCUGGUUUCCAAGGAUUUGAUAGCCUACUAAUUAUAAAAAAUAGUACACUUUUUAAUAUAUUUUGCCUAUGAUUAAGGGAGUCUGUCAGCCUCUCUUGACUAGUUCUGACACUUAGGAUUUUUAUUUUUUUUACUGGGUGGAAAUAAAAUUGGCUUUGUGUAAAAUUAACUGGAGUAUUGGACAUCACUCUUCUAUUCCCUUACCACUGAUAAAUUACUUCAGUAUGAAGAAAGUUCUGGUGUUACACCUGCUAGUGGUUUUGAGUGUGGUGAGUUUGUCUUAAAACAGCUAAUAACAUACAUUGCAUGUAAGUGGGAUGUCCUGCAGAAGGUCAUUCACAGCCUGUGUUCCCUUCUUCCUUCAGAAGUGGAGGAUCUCCCCUCUUGUUAUCAGCUCACAUUGGCACCACUCAGUUCAGAAGCCACAUCUUUGUAGUUGGGGAGUAUGAAUUGCUAUUUCUGAGGAUAGAUGAAAGUAGGAAGUAAAAUCUCAUUGUUCCAUUGUGGAAUUAAAUUGCAUGUGUGACUGAAACCAAAUCUGUGUAAACAGAACAUUGAAGUUAGUUGAGGGAACGUGAUUCUGUAUUUUCUAACUCAGUGGGUUCUUCCUACUGUGGUAGAAUCUGCUUGACCUAAGGCAGCUCUUCAGAAUACUUGAUGCUUUCAGGUUCCUUGUUUAAAAAAAAUCUGGCUUCUAUGCACUACGGUUUAUCUGAAAAUAAAUGCUGGUUUCCAUGAUCUUAGAAUCACUGUUCUGCAUUGAGUUUAAAAUUGAAUUUAAACUUUACUUCAAACAGCAGCAGUAACUUGUUUGCAAGGGAGUUCUUGAAUGUUGCCGUGUCUUCACCCUUCAAUUUGACUCUGUUUUUCCCUACUAUAUGGAUUGUAAUAAACUAUAUAUAAUUGAGAUUUUUCAAGUGACAUAUAGAAACCAUAACAAUUUUUCUAUGAUGAAACAAGUUCUAGAACAAGAGACUGUUCUUGUUUAACUAAUUUGGUUUAAUUUCUUCAGGCAUGGAGAUGAGGAGAGAGGUGAAAAGCUGUAUAGCAAGCCAGGAAUGUUUGUUUAAGAUACAUUAAUGAGCCUUUCAUUUGUUCAUGCAUUUGUUCUGAUUGCUCUGGAAAGUUAUCCUUUUUAGGUGUUCCUAGUCUCUAAUCCAGUAUGCUUACAGAAGUUCAGUCCUCUGGUCCUGUUGAGUAUCCUGGAACUAAAAGUCAAUAUACCAGUGGGUGAGAGCAAUUACUCAUCUGAAUAAUAAGUGGUAAAUUGGCUAAUUUGAUUUUUUUUUUAAAUGUCUCACUUUCAGUACUGUCUAAUAUUUAAUGGAUUGAACAAUAAUUCUUUGGAGAGUCAGCCCAUUCCCAUUCUUUUCAGUUGUUUCUUUUGUAAAUUAUAUGCUGCCAGCAGCAUUUUUAGAGGUUUUUUCCCCACAUUUCACUUUCAGCUAUAUAUUAUGCAUAAAGUGUAUGCAUGUAAGCUUACAUGCAGCACCCUAAGGGGAAGAAACUCCUUGUAACUGUAAUAUGACUUAGUCAUGAAAAUAAACUGGCAUCAUUCACAAUAGGCUAGAAUUUCCAAAGGUUCCAAAUGAUAAGGUAAAGCAUUACAGAAACAGUAAGCCUGUUUGCCUCAAGCAGCUUAAAAGGUUUAAAGUAAAUACUACAUCUUAAAAGCUAAGAACUGUCACCUCCUUUGGAGAUGUAGUUGCUGUAACUUAAUGCUACAAAUUAUUUUUAACAGUGAAAGCCAAUUCAGUGGGCCUGUUCCAUAAGCAUAGGACAGAAAAUUAAGUAUUGGUGACACUUUGGGAUUUUUGUGUGUCUAGAUAUUUACAAAAUUCUAGGAUAGUGCUGUGUUUCUCCUUAGCAUCAUAAAACCUUGAGGUGCAACAUAGUUGGCAUUGACAAAAAUUCUCCAAAUCUAUAUGGGGAAAGGGGGUGAUUUACAAAGGAACUUCCAGAAUUGUUGCAUGCUUUUCUUUCUUAGAUAAGGAUGACUUAGU